AUGGUGCUGCUGCGGAAGCUGCCGGGCAUGCCGGGCUGGCCGGCGGCGCUGGGGCUGCGGCUGCCGCAGAAGUUCCUCUUCCUGCUCUUCCUCUCGGGCCUGCUCACGCUCUGCUUCGGGGCCCUCUUCCUCCUGCCCGAUUCCUCCCGCUUCAAGCGGCUGUUUCUGCCCCGCCGCGCCGCCGCUGCUUCUUCAUCUGCCUCCGCCUCCUCCGCCUCGUCCUCCUCCUCCACCGGCGACACGGAGCUGCCCCGUAGCCCUCCCGCCGCCGCCGAGCCCCGCCACGCCAGCUCUGCCGCCCCGCGCCGCCUCCGGGACAGGCUUCGCGGUGCCGCCCGCCCGGCUGCCCCGCCGGCCCACACGGCCCCGGGCUCCCGGCCGCAGGUGCGGGGCGCCGAGCCCGCCAGCACGGCGCCCGCCGCCGCCCGGGACACGCAGGCCCCCUCCCGCUUCGACUACGAGCGAUUCCAGCAGAGCCUCCGCCACCCGCCGCGGGGCAGGCGGCCCCCCGAAGACCCCGAGACUCAGGCCCGCAGGAUGAAGGUUAAAGAGAUGAUGAAAUUUGCUUGGGAUAACUACAAACAAUAUGCACUAGGAAAAAAUGAACUGCGACCACUGACGAAGAACGGCCACAUCGGCAACAUGUUUGGAGGCCUUCGAGGAGCUACCGUGGUGGAUGCCUUAGAUACUCUGUACAUCAUGGAGCUGGAGGAGGAAUUCCAAGAAGCGAAGAAGUGGGUGGAGAAGAGUUUUGACUUGAAUGUGAACGGAGAAGCAUCCUUGUUUGAGGUGAACAUCCGCUAUAUUGGAGGACUGCUGGCCGCAUACUACUUAACUGGAGAAGAGGUGUUCAAGAGUAAAGCUCUGGAACUUGGAGAGAAACUUUUGCCAGCUUUUAACACCCCUACUGGUAUCCCCCGCGGCGUCAUAAAUCUGGGCAGCGGCAUGAGUUGGAGUUGGGGCUGGGCAUCUGCCGGCAGCAGCAUCUUAGCGGAAUUUGGUACCUUGCACUUAGAAUUCCUGCACCUUUCGGAGCUCUCCGGCAACCCGGUGUUUGCAGAAAAGGUGAUGAACAUCCGCAAAGUCCUGAAUAAAGUGGAGAAGCCGCAGGGCCUUUAUCCCAACUUCCUCAGCCCGGUGACAGGCAACUGGGUGCAGCAUCAUGUCUCCAUUGGGGGGCUUGGGGACAGCUUUUAUGAAUAUCUCAUCAAAUCUUGGCUGAUGUCAGACAAGAAAGAUUCUGAAGCUAAAAGGAUGUAUGAUGAUGCGCUAGAGGCAAUAGAAAAGCAUUUGGUGAAAAAGUCUGCUGGAGGAUUGACAUACAUUGCUGAAUGGAGGGGUGGCAUCUUGGAUCACAAAAUGGGCCACUUAGCUUGCUUCUCUGGAGGCAUGAUAGCCCUUGGAGCUGAACACGCUGGAGAAGAAAAGAAGCAACAUUACAUGGACCUAGCUGCAGAAAUAACAAACACGUGUCAUGAGUCUUACGCACGCUCAGAUACCAAACUCGGCCCCGAAGCCUUUCGCUUUGACACUGGAAGUGAAGCCAUGGCAACGAGACUCAGCGAGCGCUACUACAUCCUGCGCCCAGAAGUGGUGGAAAGCUACAUGUACAUGUGGCGGCUGACGCACGAUCCCAAGUACCGGCAGUGGGGCUGGGAGGCUGUCAAGGCCCUGGAAGAACACUGCAGGGUAGAAGCAGGUUUUUCUGGCAUCCGAGAUGUUUACAGCACAACCCCGACUCACGACAACAUGCAACAGAGUUUUUUCCUCGCAGAGACUCUGAAGUACCUCUACCUUCUGUUCUGUGAAGACGACGUGCUGGCCCUGGACGACUGGGUGUUCAACACAGAGGCUCACCCCCUGCCAAUCAACCACACGAACUUUAAAGCUAAAGCGGGUGUGCAGUAGUGAGACAUUGCCCAGCACCUGCUUGCACAGCCUCGGCAGGUUACUGCAUUUCCUUUCCAUUAAAGGAAUUUGUGUUGUUCCUAAAAUGGUAUUUUGGGGCACUAGUCCAAUUCCGGACAGUAUUAUUUCCGGAGAUGAAACCGUGACAUAAGCACCUUUUUUUUUUCCUCUGUGAGGAGCUCUAUUAGCCUGAAAAUGAAAUGUUUAUUCUGGGCCAUAUUGUACACAGUUCAUAGACAUUCCUUUAUACAGAGAAUUUAUAUGAAAUCCACUGACUUUGCUCGAUAGUGGCCAAAGGAUUGGAAGUUUGCCAUAAAAUAGACUUUCCCACACACAUACACAUCUUUCCUUUCAUAUUUUUGUUUUUUUUCCUUCCUUUUAUAUACUGUUGGAUUUUAUCGCCUUUCUAAUUAACAGUUUUCAAUAUACUGUGCUUUCUAGGUGGUGUCAAAAUUGUAACUAAAUCAAAACCUGUCUGCAAAAUUCUUGAUCCUAAUGUAUUUUUAUAUCAUUUUUUUCUGUGCUCUUAAAUCACAUUUAUCAUACAUCACAUCUCCUUUAACUUUCCUUUGUACUUUUUGUGUUUUUCUACUUUUAUUUGGAACUAAACGUUAUGAGUCACUUGUAAUAAUUUCA